AACGAAAAUACAGACUGUGAGAGCAGGGUCCCGUGAAAUGGCGCCAAAAAAAUCAACAAUUGUUUUAAAUGUGGAACAAUUCAUUCACGACAUUGAAGAGAGGCCGGCAAUAUGGAACCGCAACUUCCACUGCAACAAGGCCUUCCUCGAGCAAAUGUGGGACGAGCUGAGCAGCACACACAAGUUACCGAGCGAGGUCUACGUACUGGAUGAUGGAGCUGAGGUUGACUUGGAUCUGGGUAAUUACGAGCGUUUCCUCGAUAUAACAUUGCACCGGGACAAUAACAUAACAACGGGCAAAAUUUACAAGAUGGUGAUCGAAAAGGAGCGCAAGGGAGACUACCUGGGCCAGACUGUGCAGGUUGUCCCACACAUAACAAAUGCCAUACAAGAGUGGGUGGCGCGCGUCGCGGAAAAGCCUGUCAAGGGCUCCUCCAAACCGCAGGUGUGCAUCGUCGAGCUUGGGGGCACUAUUGGCGACAUUGAGGGCAUGCCCUUCGUCGAGGCCUUCAGGCAGUUUCAGUUUCGCGUAAAACGCGAGAAUUUCUGCUUAGCGCACGUUUCACUGGUGCCGCUGCCUAAAGCCACUGGGGAGCCUAAGACAAAGCCCACACAGAGUUCCGUGCGGGAGCUUCGCGGAUGUGGCCUAAGCCCUGAUUUGAUUGUCUGUCGCUCUGAGAAGCCGAUCGGGGUAGAGGUAAAAGAGAAGAUUAGUAAUUUCUGUCAUGUUGACCCGGACCAAGUCAUAUGCAUACAUGAUCUGAGCUCUAUAUACCAUGUGCCCCUCUUGAUGGAGCAGAAUGGCGUAAUUGAGUUCUUGAAUGAGCGGCUUAAGCUGAACAUCGACAUGAGCCAGCGAACCAAGUGCUUGCAGCAUUGGCGGGAUCUAGCUCGACGCACGGAAACUAUUCGGCGAGAGGUCAACAUAGCUAUUGUGGGAAAAUACACCAAAUUUGCAGACUCAUAUGCGUCCGUAGUAAAGGCGGUGCAACACGCUGCAUUGGCAGUGAACCGCAAGGCAAAUUUGGUCUUUAUUGAAUCAUGCUUGCUGGAACAUGACACUCUGCAGCGUGAGCCUUCCAAGUAUCACAAGGAGUGGCAAAAGUUGUGCGAAAGCAACGGCAUACUCGUGCCUGGUGGCUUUGGAGCACGUGGAAUGGAGGGAAAAAUACGCGCCUGCCAAUGGGCACGCGAAAAUAAGAGACCCUUUUUGGGUAUUUGUCUAGGUCUGCAAGCGGCUGUUAUAGAGUUUGCGCGCAAUGUAGCAAACCUUAAAGAUGCUAAUAGCACGGAGAUAAAUCCGGAUACAGCCCAUCCGUUAGUCAUCGAUAUGCCGGAGCAUCAUAAAGGCCAAAUGGGGGGCACUAUGCGUCUGGGCAAGCGAAGAACAGUAUUUGCCGACAAGCCGAGUACGAUUCGACAGCUGUAUGGUAAUCCUAAGACGGUGGACGAGCGGCACAGGCAUCGAUACGAAGUGAAUCCUGAGUAUGUGUCGCAACUGGAGAGUUAUGGCAUGAACUUCGUGGGUACAGACGUUGAUCAGAAUCGAAUGGAGAUUAUCGAGUUGAGUAAUCAUCCGUAUUUUGUGGCUACCCAGUAUCAUCCGGAAUAUUUGUCAAGGCCUUUGAAGCCGUCGCCUCCGUUUCUUGGUCUAAUCCUUGCAGCCGAGGAUAGGCUCCAGAACUAUAUAGAGCGUGGUUGCCGCUUGUCCCCCCGUCAACUCUCUGAUGCAUCUUCAGAUGAGGACGAAUCGGUCAAUGGCGUAUCACACUCGUUUGCAGCCCUUAAGCUCCAAGGAAACAAGAAGUGCACCAGCACAAGCACCUGCACUAGCACGGAUAACCAAUGUGAGCCCCUAAACGGUCUAGUGAAUGGCAAUAUAAAUGGCCUAAACGCCAAUGAUCACACCUUGGACAACGAUCACGACGGUGCUUGUGGUGGAUCUAGAUCAGAUUGAACUCAAUUGCUUACAGUUCAUGUUUUUCCUAUUAACGUUAAGAUAAAGUUUUGAAAUAAAUAUGAAAAAGCUAUUG